UAGGUGCCCAGAUUUCAACGACAAACCUUGGGCUGAGUGACGUUAUCUGAUGGAUAAAGAUGGAUCCCAACGGACAAAGGAUAAGGAUGCGGUAAUAGAGGAGAUGCAAGAAAAAUAUGAAGGAAAUGGCCAGGCAAAUGACAAAUUUCAAAACGAAGGUCGGAACUACGUACCGGGACAAGCCUGGAUCCCCCUACUCUCUGCGGUGGGAUCGUCGGAACACCGACCCAUGGAGGAGUGUCGAAGACCGUAACCCUCGCACACUGGCUGAUUACCGUGCGAGGGAAAGAGAUGAAGAUAAGCGGCGGCGUAGAGAUGAAGAAGAUCAUAGACGUAGGGAAGAGAAGGAUCGAAGGCGCAGAGAUGAGGAUGAUCGGAGGCGUAGAGAGGAUGAAGAGCGGAGGCGCAGGGAUGAUGAUAUAGACAGAGACCGCCGGCGUGAUGGGUAUCGAAGAGGAGAUUCUUAUAGUCGACGUGACAGAUCCGACCAGUAUCCUCGCAGUCCCAGGGACCAGUACUCGCGCAGUCCCAGAUACGGUGGGAAUGCCGAUGGGUACCGGAGCCCGGGUAACUUUAACUCGAGGAAUAGAGAGGACUCCUGCCGUCGGUGGGAAUUGGAUAGGGACCGCCGAGAUGGAUAUCGAAGCGGUUACGAGCGGACAGAGAGAGGUGGCGAUCGCAGAGAAGAGUCACGGGGACAGUAUGAGCGAGGAGGAUAUCCUGCGUCGCCAGGAUAUCCCAAGUCCCCAAACUACCCUAGAUUUCCUGGGCCAUCCAACCAGGAUGACGGGCAGUGGAUUGAAGGAGAAGAGGUUAUACUUUCCCCAUGCAAACGUGGGGCCAGAAAGUUCACGAUGAAGAGUACCCUGGAUGACAUAGAUACGGUUGAGCCUCUUAGACGUGCGCUCAGGCAGCCGAUGCAGUGCACUAUACUUGAAUACUUGGCAGCCUCGAGACCAGCGCGAGAUGAAUUGCAGAUGAUUACGCAUAAGACACGUAUUCCUCUAAACGACGAAGUCCAGAUGGCGACAAAACAGGAGGAGAUACCCACUGUUGCAGUAUCAAGUAUGGUCGCUAAGGCAGAUCGUGCUGCAACAGUGUUCUUAUAUGGGAUAGAGGGAGUGCCUCCUGACAAGGUUUACAUUCUAGGCAGUGGGACAGUACAGACUACCCUCAACGACGAGGUGGUCCUUCAUGCCGUAAUCGAUAACGACAACGAGGCUGUCAUUAUAGACGAGGGUCAGACGGUCCGAUUGGGAUUAGAUCUGGAUAGGUCGUACCAAUUUGAGAUAGAGACCGCUGAUGGAAGGAAACAGAAGGUCACCGGAGUUUGUCACAAAGCAACAAUCGAGGUCGAAGGACUAAGGGUGAUGAUGCCUGUCUUCGCGGUUCGGGAUUGUAUUGUAGAGUUAUUAUUGGGGCGGACAUGUCUAAGUCACGUCGAUGCCGUUACUAUAGAACGACCGGAUGAAAGCCAGAUACUAUCCAUCAAGCGUCCAGACGGUGGGCGGAUUAUGAUGGAGACGGUAGAGCCUCGUGAUCCGAGGAACAAAGCGGUUCUCGCUGCAGGGGGCCGCAUACCGGUUCCCCUUGCAAGUCGCUCCCUGAGCUUUCGCGAAAAGAAGUAUGGACCUCUGCUUACAGAAGAAGAGGGUCAUAUAGUCAAUGCUGUGACGAUUCGGGAUGUAGGUGUUGUGCCGCACGCUGAUCUAUUAGGAGAAGGAGCGGCAAGCAGAUCCAUUUAUUCUGUCUGCGAUUUAUUUCCGGGAUAUGACGAGAUACCACUAGAUCCGAGAGAUAGGCAUCUCACAGCCAUGCACACGCCGCUCGGAUUAGUGCAGAUGAAGGUCGUUCCGAUGGGAUGGACCAAUGGGGUAGCGGUCUUUCAGAGGGCCAUGGUUGCGGUUCUGAAAUACUUUAUCCCUGAUAAAGAAGAAGUUUUUCUGGACGACUUUCCGAUAAAAGGACCAGUGGUGAAAGACGAAACGGAAGUUGCUCCUGGUGUCAGGAGAUUUGUUGAGCAACACCUGACGGAUAUUUACGCUGUCCUGGAGCAGCUAGAUGAAGCUAACCUGACGGUUAGCGGGACAAAGAGCCGAUGGGCCGUAUCGACGAUUAAAAUUCUAGGGUUUAUAUGUGACGCGAAAGACCGACGCCCCGACCCUGGGAAGCUGGAGAAGUUGUUAAAUUGGCCGACUCCUUUGCACAGUGCAACUGAAGUUCGCCAGUUUUUAAGGGUUGUUGGUUAUUGGCGGAUCUUCAUACAUGGAUAUGCGGAGAAGGGAGAGCCUCUGCGGACCCUUCUUAGGAAGACCGAGAAGUUCUACCGGGAUUCUUCUCAAGAGCUUGCAAUUCAAUCCCUCAAGGAAAAAUUUAAAGAAGGCGGCCGAAUUCUAGGUGUGCCAUUCUUUGAGGACGAGACGGACAGACCGUUCAUAGUGUCUACGGAUGUUGGACCAUGUUCGGUUGGGGGAUUGCUAUCUCAGAAGGAUGCUCAAGGGAAAGAAAGACCAUUGAGGUUCGAGAGCCGAACACUCAACACUGCUGAACGCAACUACAAUCAGUUUAAGAAGGAAGUGUUGACUGUUCUACGGUGCUUAGACACCUUUAGGCAUUACGUAUAUGGAAGAGGGUUCGUUCUGAGGGUAGACCCUACAGCGGUGGUGUCAAUCCUACAAAAGGAUUUCAGUUUGACGGAUUCUACGAUCGCGCGAUGGCUGAUCAAGAUUCGACUUUAUGACUAUACUGUGGAAAGGAUCUCGGGGGCAAAGAACGCCGUGGCUGACGGACUCUCACGGAUUCUGAUUGAGGCGGAGCAGGUGAUAACAGUUGCUGCACUGACUAUGACUGAGCCUAGAUGAAUGGAUCGCUUCCUCGUCAAUCUCUAUGAAGGUAAGUACCGCACGAUAGGGUUGCAUCUGUUAGGAGAGGAAAACACUGAUUCGGACAUCCAGAGACAGGCUGCGCAGUAUUGCCUUAGGGCUGGGUAUUUGUUCCGACGACCUGUGGGAGCAGGGAUGCCUCUCCGGGUGAUCUGUGAUCCGGAGGAGAAAUAGUCCAUAGUGACCGAGUUACAUGACGGUGUAGUCGAAGGACAUAGAGGAGUAAAAGGAACGAAUGAGA